CGUGGCGGUUGCACGUCGCACUGCACGAAUAACGAGUUACGAAGUGAAGUGUUUGUGGCAGUGGUUUAAUAAAAAAAAUCAAUGUGUGCAAAUCAUGUGUUGGAUAAGUGUUUAUGAAUUGGAUUUUGAAACAAAUAACGAGGAACGCCGCGCAUGGAAAGGUAUAAAGGAGGUCCAAAUAAAGCGUCACCGUACGCUUCUUGGACAAGUUAUACCUGGAGCAAACAUGCUAGCCAAAAGCUUUUGCGUAACGCAGACGUAGAUACGGCAGAAGAUAAUGAUCUGCAUAGUGAUAUUGAUCAAUUACAAGCUAAUAUCAUCAAUACAGUUAUAGCAACAGAGCCGGAAGAAAAUGACUUCGAAGAAGUCAGAAACAACGUAUGGAGCGACGUUGAUGACGAACUUUACAUAGCUAAUAUAAUAAAAGAAAGGACUACAAAUGAAGUGAAACGCGUCAUACGUGAUACAAGUUGGAGUGUUAGUGAUUACAGUGAGGUUGUGAAUAGUGUUAAGUUAGAUAAAUCCGAUAUGUGGGACCUGGAGCCCACGGACCUAAAGGAGUGUGAUUGUCUUGGACCACCUCCUGAAUUCCUGUUGCCUCCUCCGCCUCGGCCGCCUUUCCUACAGGCGGAAUACUAUUGUGGGGACGAUCCGAUAGCGGAUCUGGAGACCUGCGAUACGGAACCAAAGAUUGAUGCGUACAACCACAGUGGGCCUUCACUACAGACUUCAGCAGUGAUCGCUCUUUGCUCCAUAGUCCUCGUUCUCGGCAUUUUCAUAGGAGCCAUCCUGGUUUGGAAGCAUAAAAGAAAAGUGACGAACCUCCUGCCAUCGAAGUUUACAGCGCCGAGCCAAAGUUCCGGAUCGCAGAGAAGAGCACCACCUCCUGCUCCUUUAUACGAAGACCUGCAAGACCUACCUAGAAGACCGCCUUUGCCACAGAGACCAGAAAUCGAACCACAACUAGAGAUGGUGGAGACAAAGAGGCCCAACUGUCAAGGAAGAGUGUUCGUUUGUGGUACCGGCGGAUCUUGGCGAAGUGGGAACCCGUGCAGCAAUAAUUGCAACGCACCAGUUUACGAAGAACUCCCUCACAGAUCAGAUGACUCAGUCCACAGUGAUGAUCAUUUUGCUGAAGACGAACUAAGUCUAGUUGGCGAUAUUCUUCCUUGCCGGACCUGCGCUAGACCACCACAAUCUCUCCCUCAUCGACCUCGACAGCAACGUCUUGAUCGCCGACCAAAAUCGCUGGAAAGACGACGAGCACAUCGAAUGCCCAGACAUGUCCAUCCACCGGACCCCUCAGAAUUCCACGAAGGAGUUCUACUAGAUGCCUUGCUAAGGUUAUAUCCUCAAGUGGGCACAGUAGGCGCUAGACCACCUGGUCCGAUACCUAUGAGUGCUGGUGGUGCUUGGCCUGGAGGUGAACUACCUGGAAUUGCCUGCUGGAGAGGACCUAGGGCGUCCCCAAAGCCUCCCAGUGGAGAUUCUUCCUUCGGGUCAGAUUCAGGUUACAGCAAUAACACAUGUGGAACCUGUGGUACCCGGGCCUCAUCUAAACAUAGAUUAUCAGCGGAAAUACCGUUAUCGUGAGGUGACAUAGAGUGCCGUAACUCGAGUGUUUAUUUCUCGGCCUAUAAAGACAGGCCUCGCCUUCUUCAAUAAUAGUGAUACUAUGAUUCCUUAAAUGGCUGCCAAUGCACUGACUUGUUCCACUAGCCCAGGUAGUCUUUCGAUUGACGUAGUAUAACUAAGGUCGUCAUUUCCCCCUUCCAGUUUAAUUGCCAGGUACCUUCGUAUGACCUAUUAGGUUCGGCUAUAGGGGCUUAGAUGUCAGUCAGUGUGGGCGUGGCCAUAUUUCUAUGAAUCUGUACAAAAGAGGUAUUAGAAAACUUAAGUAGAUAUCCUUUUUUAAUUACGAGUGCUUUGUAAAUUGUUUCCAAGUUAGUUAUUUUUGUACAAAUGUGUAAGUUAGUUAUAGUUUUGAUCUUGUAAGUUAUUUCGAGCUAGUCCUAAAUUAAUUGCAAUGAUAAAACUAUUAAAUUUUAUUUAAAUGGAAGCCGAAGGGAAAUUGUAGAUAUUGUAAAAAUAGUUAAUGAUAGAUUAGUGAGUUGAAUUUUAUAAUCAUAUCACAAUUAAAAUUACGUCGCAUGGUCACGAUUUCCUGUAUAUUUCCUAUGAUCUGUCGAGUAGGAAUUCUUAUUACUGGUGCUAAAAGCAUAUUUGUAAUUAUUGUUUGAUUCUGCCGUUCCAAAAGUUACUACAGUAUCUAGUUGAUUAUAAAUACAUUUUCUAAGGAUUCAUCUCAGCAUAUUAAUUGCUUUAUUAAGGUAAUACAAUUCAGUCCCAUUUUAACAUUUUAAUAUCCGUAACGCAUAUUAAAAAUAUUUUUCGUUAACCGUGAAAGGGUUAUACCGUAGACAAGUAGUUUAUUUAUUUGAUUUUGUUCCCAAUCGUAAUUUUGUUUUAAU